CAACCACGUCAUUCCCCGGCCUCUCGGCCCUCCGCUGCUCCAACUCUGCUUCCAUGGAUCACUCCUGUAUUUGAGCCCCGUAGCGCCUCGUGCGUCUCCACCUGCCCACGCAUGGACGCUGGCUGCACCGUGAAACCUCGCCCGCCGAGUACCCAUUGCCCCUGCCCGGGCCACGUGGGGACCCACCUCAGGAAGAGUCUCCAGCCUGGGGUGGGUGGUCGGGGGCACACUGCAUGGCCUCUUCCGGAAAGGCCCGGCAGACACGGGGUCGCCCGCGAUCAACACACAACAAGGAGGGGCCACGGGUUAGGGCCCCAGAGCGCGUGGCCAGGUCCAGGACUGGGGGUCCCGUCUCCCCUCGCCCAGCUCCUUCCGGCUCAGAGUGGCCUCCCCCAUCCCCUACCCAGCCCUCGUUCUCCAGCCUCCCUCUCGCCCACGCAGAUCCUUCCCCCUCUGGUCCUUCCCUCUCAGUUCUUUCCCCACGCAGAAGCUGCCACCUCCAAUCCUUCCUCCUCUGAUCCUUCCCCCUCUGAUCCUUCCCCCUUCAGAGCCUUCCCCCCUCAGAUCCUUCCUCCUCAGGUCUUUCCCCCUCAGGUCCUUCCUCCUCAAGUCCUUCCCGCCUCAGAGCCUUCCCCUUCAGAUCCUUCACCGCUCAGAGUUUCUCCUCAGAUCCGUCCCCCUCAGAUCACUCCGCCCUCAGAUCCUUCCCCCUCAGAUCCUUCCCCGCUCAGAGCCUUCCACUCUCAGACCAUUCCGCCCUCAGAAUUUUUUCCCCCUCAGGUCCUUCCCUCCUCAGAUGCUUUCCCCUCAGGUCCUUCCCCUUUCACAUCCUUUCACCCUCAGAUCCUUCUGCCCACAGAUCCUAUCUCCCCUCAGAGCCUUCCACUCUCAGAUCUUUCCCCGUCAGAGCCUUCCCUCUCAGAUACCUCCGCUCUCCGACCCUUCCCACCUGGGAUCCUACCCCACUUGGAUCCUUCCCCAAGGCGGAGUCUUCCCCCCACCUCAGAUCUUUCCACCCUCGGAUCCCUCCCCCCGCGUCGGAUCCUUCCCCCUCGGAUCCCUCCCCGUACCCCGUUGGGGUCCCUCCCCCUCAGAUCGUUCCACCCUCGGACCCCUCCGCUCGGAUCCCUCCCCUCCACCCCACCCCCACCCGUGCAAUCCUUCCCCAUUGGAUCCCUCUGUCCUUGGAUCCCUCACCCCUCGGAUCCUUCCCCCACCACCCCCGCAAUCCUUCCGCCUCGGAUCCUUCCACCUUGCAAUCAUUCCACCCUCAGCUCCUUCCACCCUUAGAUUCUUCUCCACGCAGAUGCCUCCACAUUAUUUGUACUUGAGUGGCAGCAGCUGGGCAGAAGCUCUGUGACCGCGGGUCCCUUGCUCCUGUUCCCGUGGUGCCCACCCACGCCUGGAACCCACAGCGGAGCCUGGCCACUGCAGGUUCUGGAGUCAAGAAGUCCAAAAUGAA